UGUCACACGCGGUCCUGUCAGCCGUCACUUUCUUUGUUUAUGUUUGCAUGGGUGUGUUUUUUUGUGUUUUUUAAUUGAAAAUCUGAAUAUAAAAAGGGCUGCGCCCCCAAGGCAAUGGACCCCUCUUCACCGAGAAACGGUCCGGGCUCUGAAAAUCUGAACCUCAGCCUGGAUAUGGUAGACGAAAUGAAACUGGACGAGGUGAAUUACGAGAGCGACAUAUCGAGCUCUAGCUCAGAUAGUUCCACUGCCCCCAGCAUAAGUUCUGUAAGCACCAAGUCUUCGGGGAAAGGGCGGCAUAGGCGACCCACACGCGCCAACCAGAGCCCCUCCCCGGCCACGAAAGCCAAAGAUGCCAAGUCAAAGUACGACUACUUCACCAAACUCAAUUACCUGUUCAGGGACGCACGGUUUUUCGUGAUAAAAUCGAACAAUGCGGAGAACAUUUCCCUCUCGAAAGCCAAAGGGGUGUGGUCCACCCUGCCUCAGAACGAGGCCAACCUAAACCAAGCCACCAGAGAGUCCCGAAACGUUUUGCUAAUAUUCUCUGUUAAAGAAAGUGGUAAAUUUGCGGGGUUUGCUCGCCUAAAGGGCGAAUCUCGUCAUGACGUACCGGCAGUACCGUGGGUCCUCCCGGCAGGUCUCUCAGCCCGGGCUUUAGGAGGGGUUUUCGAAGUGGACUGGAUCUGCCGCAAGGAAUUACCCUUCACCAGCACCAUGCACCUUUACAACCCCUGGAACGACGGGAAACCGGUGAAAAUCGGACGGGAUGGACAAGAAAUCGAGCCCAGAGUAGCCGAGGAGCUUUGUCGCCUAUUUCCCGAAGACGAAACGGUGGAUCUAACCCCCAUUUUAAAACUGGCCAAGGAAGCCUCCAAGAAACUGACCGUGAGAGGAGGAAAAGAUGGGAGUCGCCACGUUAAGGCUCGAAUGCCCCUCUCGGCUCGCCAACCGUUUCCCUUUAGGGGGGGCCGAGGAGGAGGAGGAGGAGGUGGAGGCUCCUCUUACAGGCGGAAGUUCUUUACGCCCAGCAGGAUCAUGAGCGCCCCCAGUUUCAGACGUUCCGCCUCCCCCAGGGGCAGGGAAAGGUAUUACUACGAAAGGGAUCCCCCUAGGCCCUACACCGCAGCAGCUGCAGAGGCUUACGUGGCGGACUACAUGCGUACCAUGCAGCACCAGCUGCCCCCCUUGCCAUACGCACCGCCCCCCGGUCUUUAUUCGGGCAGUUUCGAGGGUUUACCCGCCCCCAGUAGAUAUUACGAGGGGUUAACCUUGGGGGAAUUCGCCCCUUCCAGACUACCCGGUUACCCGGAUAAGCGAAGCUACGAUCGUACCGUCGAGGAAUUCAUCUGGAAGAACAAGGAGAGACGUACGUCGAGCAGCAAUCGCGGAUAUUCCAGGGAUCGGUCCAGGUCGCAUUCCAGGGAGAGGGGGAGGGCGCGGUCCAGGGAACGCGAGAGGUUGAGGGAGAGGGAACGGGAACGCGAGAGAGAAAGGGAGAGGGAACGAGAACGGGAACGCGAGAGGGAAAGGGAGAGGGAACGCGAAAGGGAGGGCAGGGUGCGUGUGAGGGACCGGGAGGUGCGGUACCGGUACAACAGAGACAGGAGAUGAUUGAGGGAGAGGGUUGGGGUGGGAAAAGUGAGGGUCAGAAGACGAUAAGGUUUAUGGUCCUUUGACGGUUUUUUUUCGUAUUAAUAAGACGUGUAUCGUAUUAUAGGCAUAUUAGAAACAUAAUAAUAAAGGUCUCUAUAUAUUAAAAAAAA